CAUCCAUGCUUUUUUUAAUGGUGAAAAUCUUUAAAAAUUUCUUUAUUUUAAAGUUACUUUUUCAAAAUAUCUAUGAAUAUGUACAUGGGAGCAAAUGUACCUACAUACUUUAAUCAUUGGAAAAAGUUGUUGUUUUACGUAUAUAUUUUAAAUACCUACCUACAUACAUAAUAAAACAUUUAUAUGGUACUUACUAAUUUUUUUAUUUACCGAGUUAUAUAUCUUUCGAUGUGUAAACUGAUAUGUGUGUAUUAACAUGUCUUUUUGGAAAUAGAAGAAGGGGAAGUGUAGGACAGACACUUGCCAAAAAUAAUGAUAAAACUAUUUAGUUUAGUUUUUAAAAUAAUCCCGUUGCUUAAACCUAAUUCACGCUGUGGAAACUCUAAAAUUCAGAUGAAAAUCAAAUAUAAAAAUUGAAGGCAAUCGCAACGUAAUAUGAUUAAAAAUUGACAUUCUUAUGCUAAUUUAAUAUUUUUGAAUGAAAAAAAAAUUAUUCUAAAUUAACAUCAACCAGGGGCCAAAUUGCGGUCAAAAGCCCGGAAUUGAGAGAGACGAAAUUAUCUUUGUAAAAAAAAAUUAUUGCGCAAAUGAUAAUGUGGACUUUCGUGAGUUCUGUAGAUUAGAAAAUAUUUCCAAAAGCAUGACUUUAUUGGUAUUCGAGUGAGCUUUCGUGCAAGUGUGUGGGGCUUUAGAUGAAUAAAAUUGGUUGUCCAGUAAAGUAAACGAGUCAGUGAGUCUCGGUAUAUUCACGCGUAACAAUGUCCACAUUCAGUGAAGCAGUCCCGCGGGAUGAGAUCUACGAGAAAGCCAAGUAUAUGGGCUUAGAAGAUUUCAAUCGUUUCGGAAGUACAGCAGAUACGUCCAUUGCCAAGAAAUGGACCAAGAGGACUUACUUCCUUCCAGCACUGUAUGAGAGAUUUAGGGAGGAAGUAGAGAAUUUUGAAGUGCGUCCUGAUGAUGUGUGGGUGGUUACGUUCCCAAAGUGUGGCACAACCUGGACACAGGAGAUGGUUUGGCAGAUUUGCAAUGAUUUGGACUAUGCUAAAGGACGCUCAACAUAUCUCAAUGCGAGAUUUCCUUUCUUUGAAUUGGGAUGUUUGGUUCCGGAUGAGGCAUCUUUCGAUAGCCUUAAAAUUGUUGCUGACAUGCCUUCACCACGGUUCAUCAAGAGUCACCUUCCCGCACCACUCUUACCCAAGCAAAUCUGGACUGUGAAACCGAAGAUCAUCUAUGUUGCAAGGAAUGCAAAAGAUGUUUUAGUAUCCUUCCAUCAUCACUACCGAAAUCUUCAGGACUAUCACAGGAAUAUUAAUGAUUUUGCUGAAAUUUUCAUGAAGGAUUUAGUGAUCUAUGCUCCUUUUGAUACCCACGUCAUUGAUUUCUGGCACAUGAGACAUGAGGAAAAUAUUCUUUUCCUCACAUUUGAGGAUAUGAAGAGAAAUCAUCCGGUUGUGAUUGAGAAAACAGCCAAAUUCCUCGGAAAAUCCCUAACUGAAGAACAAACUAUUGAACUUGCUGACCAUCUUACAUUUGAUAAAAUGUCCAAAAAUGAAUCAGUUGAUCUCCUUCUUGAAAUUAAGGAUAUGCGUGAGUCAAUGAACAUCAGGAAGCUUGAUGAGGAUUUUGCAUUCGUUAGAAAGGGAAAAGUUGGCUCUUUCCGGGACGAUAUGACCCCCGAAAUGAUUCAGCAAUUCAAUGAGUGGCUACAGAAGCGUCUGACUGAUCUCAAAGUUGGUCCUGAACUCUGGAAAAUUUUUCUUCUACAGGAUAAGUCUAAAAAAUAAUUUUCCUUUUAUAUACUCUCUGUUUGACCGCUCAAACUAAAAAAAACUUUGGAUGAAUGUCAAGUGUUUAAGUGCAAUAAAGAUGAUAAUGUCGGAUGCAAUAGAAUUAGAACAGAUGACGUUUUAUUGGAUAAACCUUGACAUACAUAAGAUUGUGAAGUUUAGUCUAAAAUCUCUUCAAGUCAUAAACAAAUAUUCUAUAGAAGGAGUGUAUUCAUUACAGUUUAUGUGUAAUCUUAUAGAUAGAUCACAACCAACGAAUUUUUAUGUUUUAUGCAAGAUUUUGGAAAAUAUACAACACUUAAUUUAAAUAGAAAAAAAAAGCAUAAUGAUGACGUCAUUGUAUGCAUUUUAAAGCAAAUUUUUGCUGCUCAGUCGUAAAUGGAAUAUUCUUUUUCUUGUUUUUUUCUUUAUUUUUACAAGAUUUCGCAGGUCCCUAAUAAUUC